AUGAACUCGGGAUUCUGGAACGUGCCAAUAGCGGAGGAGAGCAAGCACCUCACCGCGUUCAUCACACCGUUUGGGCUGCUCGAGUUCAAUGUCAUACCCUUCGGGAUUAAGGACCCGGCGGAAUUCCAGCGCGCGAUGGACAUGGUGUUCGAGGAGGUGUUGGACGAUCGCACUCUGUGUUACAUUAAUGAUAUCAUCAUCGCAACGGACACGGUGCCGUCUUGCGACUGUCAGAGAGAGAGGCUUCUACCUCAGGCUAGAUAA